AUGGACCUGAUGGGGCUGCCAGGGGUCAGCAGGCAAGUCUUCGUCCUCCUCCUGCUUUGCCGAUUGGGCGCCUCCUGCAGAGAGGGCAGCUGCUGCUUUGAGAAGCUGUUGUCAUACCCAGAAGGAGCCUCAGGCUCCUCAGGACCCAGGAACUUGAGUUGCUAUGGGGUUUCUGGAGACAAGUACGAGUGUUCCUGGCAGUUUGAUGGCCCCGAGGACAGCGUCACCCACUUCCUGAGGUGCUGCUACAGCUUCAGCCCGAGGCGCUGCUGCUACUUCGAUGUGGGCCCAAAAAGGACUGUGGAGUUCUCGGAACAGGCUGGGGUCCCUGUGCUGUCCGAAGUCACGUGCUGGGUGGAGUCCAGGCUCAGGAACCAGACCAUGAAGUCUCCGGAGAUAACCCUGAUCCUGUCCACCUGGACCAAGUUCAACCCCCCAAUGAGAGACAUCGAAGUGUCCCGAUCAGGCAGGCAAUUACGCCUGGACUGGAGUGUUUCCGAUGAGGCUGGUGCUGAGGUGCAGUUCAGGCACCGGAUGGCCACGACAAAUUGGACGUUGGGUGACUGUGGACCUCAGGAUACUGGCUUGGAUGUGAUUGAGAACAUUCCUGGCAGCAGCUCCGAAUCCUGCCUCUGCCCUUCAGAAAACAUGGCACAAGAGUUCCAGAUCCGCAGGCGGCGGCUCUCCUCCGGGGCUCCUGGAGGUCCCUGGAGUAACUGGAGCAAAUCUGUGUGCGUUCCACCUGAGCCUCUUCCCCAGCCCAAAGUUAAGUUCCUGGAGGAGCCGCUGGGCCACGGUAGAAGGCAGCUAAAGACCGUGCAGGAGCAGUGGUCGAAGCCCGCCAUCCCCGACGGCUGCCGGGGGGUGAGGCCCGGGGCAGGGGUCAAGUACAUGGUGAAGGUACAGAUGCUGUCCUGCGCGUGCCAGAGCAAGAACUCGUGGAACGUGUCCCUGGGCGAGAAGCUGGACCUCUCCGGGGCCGCCUACGAGCUGGCCCUGUUCGCCAAGACCCGCUUCGGCAACAGUCGACCGCAGGCGCAGGCGCCGUGGCAUCUUCCCGCCCAGGAGCUCACAGAGCCGAGAAGCCUGAAUGUCAGCGUGGAAGGCAACGUGACCUCCAUACAGUGGGCGGCCGAGGCCCCAGGCACGAGCUACUGCGUCGAGUGGCAGCCGCGGGGCGCGGACAGGACGCGCACGCGCUGUGCCCUGAUUGCGUCGGGAGACAGGCGCUCGGCCCAGACGGUGACGCACAGCUGGAGCUCCCAGCCCGCCCGGGACCAGGAGGAGUGUCACCGCGUCACUGUCUUCGCCUCCAAGAACCCCCGGAACCCAAAGCAGUGGUCCACGGUCCUGUCCAGUUACUACUUUGGGGGUAACGCCUCAGUGGCCGGGACUCCGAGCCACGUGUCGGUGAGGAACAACAGCGGGGACUCCGUGUCCGUGGUGUGGACGCCAUCGCGGCUGAGCGCCUGCCCCGGAGUCCUGGCGCGCUACGUCGUGCGCUGCGAGGCUGAGGACGGCUCGUGGGUGUCAGAGUGGUCCGUGCUACCCACGAAGACCCAAGAGACGCUUCAGGGGCUGCGCAGCGGCGUGGUGUACAGGAUACAGGUGCGAGCCGACACUCUGCGACUCCUAGGAGCCUGGAGCCGCCCCCAGCGGUACAGCUACGAGGUGCGGAUUUCUCCUUUACACAUCAUUUUCGCGUCUCUGGGGAGCUUCGCAAGCGUCCUCCUCCUGGGCGGUCUCGGGUACAUCGUCCUAAACAAGGCCGCCUGGCAUUUGUGCCCACCCUUGCCCACACCCUGUGCCAGCACGGCUGUGGAGCUCCCUGGCAGCCAGGGCAAGCAGGCUUGGCAGUGGCGCAGCCCUGAGGACUUUCCGGAGGUGUUGUGCCCGCGAGAGACACUGGUGGUGGAGAUGCCCGCGGACGGAGGGGACGAGACAGAGUCUCCCCAGGCCGCCCCAGAGCCUGCCCUGGACACAACGCGGCCCUUGGAAGCCGGCCGCCUGAGCAGGGAGGACAGUCCCUGUAGCGGCCUGGCCCACGUGACACUCCCGCUGCUCCUGGGGAGCACCCGGGGAGCCCCUGAUCUUUGGUGGACCCGGAAGACUGAGGAGACGGGACUGCCUGCCUGCCCCUUGGGACAACAGGCCUGACUAGCCCCGGCGGCCUGCUCCCUCCUGAACCGCAACAGCUGUCCACAAUGGCUGACCUGUUUUACAGAUGUGACUCGGAGGCACAGGGAGAGCGAAUGUCUUACCUGAGGUCACACAGCAUUUGCAGGACGCAAACAGAGGGGGCCCCCACUCUCACCCCUAGAACACCCCUACUUCCCCUCCCAUCUAUUCCCUCCAGGCCCCGUGAGGAGAACCCAGAAACCGCCAAGAAGGGGAAGCUGCUUCACGCAACCAUGCUUGCUAUCGCCAGGGCAAGUCUGGGCCCUAACACUGGUCUGUUUGGGGGUGUCCAUCCGGCCUGAGAGGAUACAGGACCAGGCUCAGAUUGACUGCAGUGCCCUGGGCUGGUGUCCAUCCCCAGAUGUGCUAGGAAGGGCGUCGGGAUGUUUCUAGAGCGUCCUUACGUCGAUGGCUCAAAGUGUGGGCUUCAGCAGCGGAAGAGAGUGGUCUCCACAUCUGCUGGGAGGUUACACAUCCAGACUCAGUUUCCCUAUUAGAGCAUUGCGCACUUAAUACAUGGCCUUCCCAGUGACUGGCAACUGAAGCUGGCAUCGCCCUGCGCAGCUGUCAUCCCACACCCUGGAGGCAGCGGCAGGAAGAUGAACCUGACUGCAUAGCAAGGAGGGCAGCCUGGGCUACACGAGACCCUGUCUGGAGGGCACUGUGAUGGACAGUCACUCAGAACUCCGAGAUCAGACCUGGGUAGGAGGGACAGCUGAGGCCUGGAGGUCCUUGGGUGGUCCCAGCUCCCUUCCCACGAGGCUGCCCCCAAGUGCACCCCUGGGUUCCCUCUGUCCGUAGGCACAGCAGCCGCCUCAGUAAACGCCCGUCUGUAACUUCUCGCCGUGACCGCCAGGGGGCAGCAGCGGCGCGUGUCGCCUCCGCGCGCCCCUCCCCCCCCCCUCCCGGCACAGGCGAUUUAAAAUGGACUUUACCAGUUUGACUCCCCCGAGGUGCGAGGACCCAGAAACCCAGCCUUUUAUGACUGGAGUAUCCGCAGCUCCGGGCCAGGCCUCCCCGACCUAGGACCUCAGUUUGCCCACAGAAGCUUCUGGCUGGGGAAGGAGCUUUGGUCUUGGGGUCCAGCCACACAUUGGUCCCACAGAUGGUUUGGUUACUGUAGCCCAGGCUGGCCCAAACUCCCAGCCAUCAUACCUCACUUCUCCAGUGCUGAGCUGUGUUGGGGUCCCGCCGGGGAGGCAGAGGACGCCGCUGCGCUUGGGAGGAUUUGCCAACGCUCACGGCGUCGGCCUGGGGGCGGAGAGGGGUCACCUGCACCCCGCCGCGCAGGUGGACGCUUUCUGUCCAGCUCCCUUUCCACAGGACGUGUAUCCUGGCGCCAGCGGGGAGUGACCAGCGCUCUCGCUCUGGCUUCUGCUGGCCACGGGAGGGCGGUUUGGCUGGGGGGUGGGGCCGAGUGACAGCCUAGGAUCCCGGUGAGGGGCUGGCGCUGCCUGGGGUUCACCCCUCGCCAGUGCAAGACAAACAGGAGUCCUUACUGUGUCCCAGCCGCGUCCUGCGAGCUCCGUCUCGAGGCCUGCCCGGGUGGGGCGGCCCAUAGGCUGCUGCAGGCAAACCCCGGCUCGGCGCCCAUCACACCACCCGAACUGUGAUGAGGCGGGGGAGGGGCGAGGUGGGAGGGCAGAGGGGUCCGGGAGGAGGCUAUGCUGUGGCUGCGGCAGCCAGGUCCUCCAGAACAGCCAGCGCGAGGGGCCUGCUGCGCCCGAUGGUUGCUGUGGGCCUACACGCUCAGCCGCUGGCUCUCCCUCAGCCCCCGUUAGUUUCUGUCGGUGGCCAGGUGUGGAGCGUAUCAAAAGCAGGGACCUGAGCUGCCUCAGUUUCCCUCCCCGGGCACCUCCUGGCUGUAUGUCUCCAGUGGCCUCUGUCUGUGGCCUCCAGCUGGGAUGGGUGGAUCGUCAUGCGGAGAUCCGCACAGAGCGGCUGGGCGCCGGACAGUGCCCGCUCUGACACUGAUUUUACGCACACUGCUCUGCCUUCCUCUCUUCCCUUCAGUUUGCCCAUUGAAAGCGCACAAUUCAGUGACAUUUGCACAUUCAGUUGGUGUGCACACUGAAUUCCAGACCAUCCCAUAUCUAAUGCCCCUGUCUCCCUGCCCGCGCUGUCACACCCUGAACCUGACCGCAGAGCCUAUGCUGGCUGCUGCCAGCACAAUGCAUUUUUGAACUUUCUCAA